UUACCACCAGUCAGUGGUUUAACAACAGUCGGUCAACAUGUUUUAUUUUGCGAUUUUCCUAGCAUUGGUCGCCUUAGUCGUGGUUCGGUUUCUUCAUGUACGCUGGAAACUACUACAAGUUAUAAAGCACUUCCCUGGACCGAAACCGAACUUCUUGCUGGGAAAUUUGAUGGAGUUUCAGACUGACAUACCGGGCAUCUUCAAACGAAUGGUUGAACUACACGAGGAAAAUGGACCCGAUAUCGUUACGUGGGGUGUCGGGAAUGACAUCAUGCUCAACGUUAGCAGCGCCCGUAGCGUCGAGAAAGUUCUGAUGGCUAAAGCGACGGAGAAGUCCGUAAUUUAUGAUUACAUUGAACCUUGGCUUGGUAAAGGUCUACUGAUUUCCUCUGGGGAGAAAUGGUUCCAUCGACGAAAAAUUAUCACUCCUACUUUUCACUUUAAAAUUUUGGAAGGAUUCGCUGAAGUCUUCAACCGGGAAGCUAAUGUGCUGAUGCGGAAACUGGAACGACAUGAUGGGGCAGGAGAGUUCGACAUUUACGACUACAUCUCACUGUACGCGUUGGAUAGCAUAUGCGAGACAUCGAUGGGGGUGCAGAUUAACGCGCAGGAGGACCCGACGAAUCAGUACGUGUGCGACGUGAAGCGAAUGAGUGAGCUGAUUUUACUACGGAUUUUCAGCCCAAUCAGUGCGUUUAAUAGUGUGUAUUGGUAUUUGGUACCGAACGCCUGGGAGCAACGAAAAUUAAUACGCAGAUUGCAUCAGUUCACGGAUUCGGUAAUCAAUCAACGUCGCGAACAAUUGCGAAACAAUAAACAACUCGGUACGAUAGAAUUCGAUCUUAACGAAGCGGAUAUGUAUUCGAAGCGGAAGCAAACUUUUCUUGACCUUUUACUGAACGUCACAGUCGAUGGGAAACCGCUAUCAAACCUAGAUAUUCGAGAAGAAGUGGACACGUUCAUGUUCGAAGGUCACGAUACGACCACUUCCGGAAUAGCGUUUACAAUUCUGCAACUGGCCAAGAAUCAAGAUAUUCAGCAAAAAGUUUACGACGAAAUCUUGUCCACUUUGGGUAAGGACAGCUGUAAAACAGCUACUCUGACUUACAACAAUCUACAGGACUUCAAGUACCUGGAUAUGGUGGUGAAAGAAUCACUCCGUUUGCUACCGCCAGUGUCCUUUAUCGGGCGUAAGCUGGUCGAGGAUACGGAAAUUAAUGGAGUUAUCGUACCGGCUGGAGUUGACAUGACCGUCCCGAUCUACGUUGUCCAUCGGAAUCCAGCGGUAUAUCCUGAUCCGGAACGCUUCGAUCCUGAACGCUUUGCUGAAAGCGCCGAGAAUCGGCGUGGUCCCUUUGACUACAUUCCCUUUAGUGUAGGAUCGAGAAACUGUAUCGGGCAGAGGUACGCACUGAUGGAACUGAAGAUUACAAUUAUCAGACUUGUGGCGAACUAUCAAGUGCUACCAGGAGAGACGAUGAAAAAUAUUAGAUUUAAGACGGAUUUAGUACUUAGACCGGCAGAAGGUAUACCGAUUAAGGUUAUCGCGAGAAAAUAAAAAAAUCAAUUAUACUUA